GAUUGACGCAAAAAUGAUUAGGUACCUAAGAAGCGUGGAGGAAUUGCAAUAUGCACUGCGAGACGCUGGUCAGAAACUUGUGUUGGUCAACUUUUCUUCACACAAGUGUGGCCAGUGUACAAUAGUUGCCCCGGAAUAUGAAAAACUAUGUACUGAAUAUCCUGAUAUUUUGCUGUACAAAGUUUUGGAUGAUGCACCAAAACUGUGUCAACACUGUGAAAUUACUUCCACCCCAACGUUCGCUUUCUACAAAGAUCGGCUAAAGAUCAAGCAGUUCAGUGGUGCUGAUAUAGUGCAACUAAGGGAAACCAUCAGGAAGCUAUACUGAAUCACCAAUGCUUGCAAAACUGAUCCCAAAGAUAACAAAUGCUUCUUUUUCUCUUAAUCUCAAAAAUUUCUAGAAAAUUCUAAAAAAAAAUAAAUGCAUGCUUAAAAUCAA